AUCAACAGAAGUCCUUUUUCUUACCUUCAGAAUCCAGACUCUGAAAGACGCAGGUAUUCAUCAAACACAGACAAAGAAAUGAUGGUGCUGAAAAUGGUUGCAGAUAAUGGCCAAGAGAUUGGAAUGUUUAGCUGGUUUGCCAUUCACCCCGUCAGUAUGAAAAAUGAAGGAUACCUUCCAGGAAAGGGUCCAUAUGUAGCAGCUUUUGCAGCCUCCAACCUAGGUGAUGUGUCUCCAAAUACAAAAGGCCCACAUUGUAUCAACACAGGAGAGCCAUGUGAAAACAUGGGCAGUUACUGCCCCAUAGGUGGGGCCAAGAUGUGCAUUGCUACAGGUCCUGGAGAAGACAUGUUUCAGAGCACACAAAUAAUUGGAAGACAAAUCUACUUGAAAGCAAAGGAUAUAUAUAUGAAGGCCUCCAAAGAGAUUGAUGGUCCCAUCAGUUCAGCUCACCAAUGGGUGGACAUGAGUAACAUCACUGUUCAGCUCAACUCUACUCAUACGGGUAAAACAUGUAAAGCAGCCUUGGGAUACAGCUUUGCUGCAGGUACCAUUGAUGGACCAGGGAUGUUCAAUUUCACCCAAGGCACUGUUGAAGGCCACCCAUUCUGGGACGCUGUCCGUGAUGCAUUGCUUGUUCAGCCGUCGGAUGAAUCGGUAGAAUGCCAGAAACCUAAGCCUAUUCUACUUCCUACAGGAGAGCUUACCAAGCCUUACCCGUGGCAUCCAGAUAUAAUUGAUGUUCAGAUGGUUACCAUUGGAUCUGCAGCCAUCGUGGCUCUUCCAGGAGAGUUUACGACAAUGGCUGGACGAAGAGUCCGUGAAGCUGUGAAAAAAGAAUUUGAAAUUCAAGGGAAAGCGGGAAUGGAUAUUAUACUUUCAGGAUUGUGCAACAUUUACACCCAUUAUAUAGUUACUUAUGAAGAAUAUCAGGUUCAACGGUAUGAAGGAGCAUCUACCAUUUUUGGACCACACACUCUUUCUGCUUAUAUACAAUUAUUUCAAGGUCUGGCCAAAGCUAUUGCUACGGGUACCACUCAGGAUUUACCAAAUCUUCCAGAGCCACCCUGCUUAAAUAUAACAAACCUGAACCUUUUGCCCCUUAUUUUUGAUGCAAAGCCACUUGGUUGGAAGUAUGGUGAUGUGCUACAAGAUGUCCGGCCAACAUACAAAGCGGAAUUUGAAAUUCAAGGGAAAGCGGGAAUGGAUAUUAUACUUUCAGGAUUGUGCAACAUUUACACCCAUUAUAUAGUUACUUAUGAAGAAUAUCAGGUUCAACGGUAUGAAGGAGCAUCUACCAUUUUUGGACCACACACUCUUUCUGCUUAUAUACAAUUAUUUCAAGGUCUGGCCAAAGCUAUUGCUACGGGUACCACUCAGGAUUUACCAAAUCUUCCAGAGCCACCCUGCUUAAAUAUAACAAACCUGAACCUUUUGCCCCUUAUUUUUGAUGCAAAGCCACUUGGUUGGAAGUAUGGUGAUGUGCUACAAGAUGUCCGGCCAACAUACAAAGCGGGGGAGGCUGCUGAAGUGCAUUUUAUAGGUGCAAAUCCAAGGAAUUCUGCAAAGAACAUGACCACUUUUACUUUCCUGACAGUAGAGAAAUAUCACAACGUUUCUAAAAGUUGGCAAGUGCUGCAGGAUGAUGCCUCAUGGGAUACCCGGUUCAUCUGGAGGAAAGGCAUGAGGGGCCAAAGUACAUCUAUAAUAGAAUGGCUCAUCCCAAAGACCACUGAGUCAGGAAAGUACAGAAUGCAAUAUUUUGGACACAGCAAAGAAUUCCUUAGUUCGGUCCAGGCCUUUAAUGGGACAUCUUCAACAUUUGAAGUUUCUAAUUGACAAUUUCCUAUUGGAAAGCAUCAAGUUGCCACUUUCAGCUUGAAGAAAGGAUGAUUCCAUAGCCCCUCUCUGGUCCAUUGAGACUUUGCAGGUUGCUGUAACAGAAUGGAAAAUUUACUACUGGUGGGGGUUGCGUGCAGCCUGCAGUUCCCAGUACUAUCAAAUUUUGGAAACUCAUUUUGUUUGCAUACCACUAAGAAUUUGUUUUCUGAUCUUCUAAGAUCCUCUGAUCUUAGUUGUGAUGAAACCGAUGAAGGAACACAAUCAGUUUAUGUAUAAAUUGUUUAGCUGUGUUUGUAAAUGGAUUCAGGAAACACUUUGGUUUCUAAAGGAAGGAUCAGACAGCAAAAUAAUCUGUUUU